AUGGUUGUUGAACAGUUGAAUGAUAUGGCCACCAAGGGCUUUGUAGCAUAUGAUAGUACCAUAGACCAAGAGGUUCAUGUUAUGACUAGUGCUCUUUGUUUCUUAGCAGAUUCCCCCAUGCACGCCGAAAUCACCAACACCCAUGUUCCUGGAAAUGCUCUCAAUUCUUGCCGAUAUUGUGUCUUAAGCUCUGAUGAUUUGAAAUCCCGCCAAAAACUCGCGUAUCUUGCCAAAUUUGCUCAAAAGAACUCACCCGGAUCAGAUUGUCCAAAUCCCCUUCGUACUAUGGAAGAAACCAAAGAGAACUCGAAAAAACUGUGGACAGAAACCAAGGAAACAUUGAACUUGGAUAAACUAAAUGCUAAAUCUGCCAAACUAGCUGUUCGAGAUCAAAUCAAUCUGAGAUUUUCCAAACAAGUGUUCAACUUUCAAUCAGAAAAAAUUGCAUUACUGGCGGCGGGAGAAGAAUUACCAACUCGGUUUGAGCAGGACAUUCCUCAAAAAUUGGUGGAUAUGGAAGAGAAGGAACCCAAAAGGAUGUUUAAUGCAUACUUGGAGUUGAAAGGGUUUGAUUCUGUCAAGGAUACUCCAGUUGAAGUCUUACAUGUGUUUUUACUUGGACCAACCUGCCAGCAUGGUCCAAUAUUAUUCAAGUUUAGUUGGCAAAGAUUUUAG